AGAUAAGGUGCAGGGCUCUCUGUGGGUGCCAAAGACAGAGGACGCCGGACAGGCUUCCUGUGUACACCGAUCCUUUGUUAACUUGGGGCCAGAUCACCAAGAACUAUAAGAUGGGAGGACAGAAAGUCCAUGCUCAAGCUGUAUAGUGCCUAAAUCCUCUUACAUUCCACAGCAUUUCCCUAAACAGUGAGGAGUGCAUUAAGCUCCCUCCAUCUGUCCUAAGAAGUUUUUCAGGAAGCCCCACGAAAAGUGUCACCAAAGUAUUGAAGCUAUGGGUGCAGGACCAUUUUCCCCUCUCAUGCGCUUAGCCAAUAUGCAGUAGAUCAAGUCUAGCUGCUCUCGCCGGAAGUGUGGCUAAGGCCUUGGCCCCACCACCAGAAGAUGCUGCUACCACCCACCUGUUCUUCCUGAACCUCCAGGUUUCUGCCAUACUGCCCCAUGGAGGAUGCGUCCGCCUCACUCAGGUGCUGUGACUGUCAGCGCCACUUUUCUAGCCUCCCGGAACUAUCAAGGCACCGUGAACUGCUCCAUUCAUCCUCCAACCAGGACAGUGAGGAGACUGACAGCAUUCUUCAGCCCUACCACUGUCAGCAGUGUGGGACGGGCUACCAUCACCCAGGGAGCUUGGUCAACCACUGUUGUACCCACGAGACUGGCCUUUUUUGCUGUUCCACCUGUGGCAAGGACUUCACCAACCCCAUGGCCCUCAAGAGCCACAUGAGGACUCAUGCUCCUGAGGUCCACCCCAAGGAUGCCACUCUACACCUCCAGGGGGAAGCAGUGUCCACUAAUUCCUGGGGUGAGAGGCUUGGCCAUGGGGAAAGCUGGGGAAAUCCGAAAACACAUGCCGAAGAGACAUCUGCUUGUGCAUCUGGGCCUGACCACAAGACAGCUCUGGACACCUGGGAAAAUCCACCCACCAGACUAAGAGAAGGCUGGGAAAGCCAGCCAAAUCCUGAGGAGAAUACAGAGGACUGGGGGCUCACCACCAACUCUUCCAGAGCCCCACCACUCCCCACUCCAGCCAGCAACCUCCUUAGCAAUUUGGAACAGUAUUUGGCUGAAUCAAUGGUGAAUUUCACAGGGGGCCAGGAACCCACUCAGUCCCCUCCUGCUGAGGAGGAGAGGCGGUACAAGUGUAGUCAGUGUGGCAAGACUUAUAAGCAUGCUGGGAGCCUCACCAAUCACCGCCAGAGCCAUACUCUGGGUAUCUAUCCUUGUGCCAUCUGCUUCAAGGAGUUCUCUAACCUCAUGGCUCUGAAGAACCACUCCCGACUCCAUGCUCAAUAUCGGCCUUACCAGUGUUCCCACUGCCCCCGUGCGUUUCGGCUCCCCCAAGAGCUGCUGGAACACCAGCAGUCCCAUGAGGGAGAAAGGCAGGAGCAGCUGGAGGAAGAGAAAGGAAUGCCCACCACCAAUGGGCACACAGACGAGAGCAGCUGGGACCAGCUCCCUCAUACACCGAUGCUGAAUGGCUCUGGGGAGCUGGAGGACAGGGGCCUGGAGGAGUACCGGCCUUUCCGCUGUGGAGACUGUGGCCGUACUUACCGCCAUGCUGGGAGCCUUAUCAACCAUCGCAAGAGCCACCAGACAGGUGUCUAUCCUUGCUCCAUCUGUUCCAAGCAGCUGUAUAACGCAGCUGCUCUCAAAAACCAUGUGCGCGCUCAUCACAGACCCCGGCAAGGACCUGUGGAGGAUGGGCAGCCAUCUGAGCCACCAGUUCCCUUGCCUUUGGCUGAGACCACCCACAAAGAGAGAGAGGUCCCCACCACCACCCUGGACUACCGCCCCUAUAAGUGCAGUGAAUGUGGUCGGGCUUACCGCCACCGGGGGAGCCUGGUGAACCACCGCCACAGCCAUCAGACAGGAGAGUACCAGUGCUCACUCUGUCCCCGCAAGUACCCCAACCUUAUGGCCCUGCGCAACCAUGUGCGGAUCCAUUGCAAGUCUGCUCGCCGCAGCACAGGCCCAGGGUCUGAAGAUCCCUCCAGCCACGUCAAGGUGGAGCCUGACCCGGUGGGAGCAGAGACAGCUCCAUGUACAGAUCAGGGGAGUGAGUGCAGACAUAAAGAGGGGGCCACUGAUGUCCCUCCAACAGCAGAGAGGACAGCACCACAGAUAAGUAGCACGUGUGGGAUGCUCUUUGAAGAUCCUGAGAGCCUUGAACAACAUGACCAGACCCAUGGGGAAGGGGAAAACAGCAGAAUAAAGACCAGGGUGUCACCUCCUCGGGCAUUUGCCUGCCGAGACUGUGGAAAGAGUUAUCGCCACUCAGGCAGCCUUAUCAACCAUAGGCAGACCCACCAGACAGGGGACUUCAGCUGUGGGGCCUGUGCCAAGCACUUCCACACCAUGGCUGCCAUGAAGAACCAUUUGAGACGCCACAGUCGACGGAGGAGCAGGCGGCACUGGAGACGGGCUGGCAGUGCUGGAGGUGGUGGAGAAGCCAAAUUCCCAUCAGAUGGGAACUGGGCCCAGGAGUUGGUAGAAGACAACGAGGGCCUGCAGUGUCCCCAGGACCCUUUAGGGGAAAGUCUUAGUGGAGCAGAAAAGAACUUGGAAAGUGACGUGGGCUGUUUGCAGGCUCAAGCUGAAAGAGACAAAUGUAGGCUUGAGAGGGAUGAAGCCUGUUUCCAGGGUGAUAAAGAGAGCAAAGUUCCUGAGAAAGGACUGGAAAAGAAGGAGCCCUGUUUCCUUGACAACUUAGACACCCCAGGCGAUAAGGAAAGCAAUGGGACACGCUUCUGUGAUGGCAUCACUGGGGUGGAUGAAGACCAGAAACUGGCCACUGGCCAGCCCAGUUCCUCUUCCCACUCUGUUGAAGCUGUCACUAGCUGGCAGGCUGAAGUCCCCCACACAUGUUCUGACUGUGGGCAUUCUUUCCCCCAUGCCACUGGCCUGCUGAGCCAUAGGCCCUGCCACCCGCCAGACAUCUAUCAAUGUUCCCUCUGCCCAAAGGAGUUUGACUCUCUGUCUGCCCUGCGUAGCCACUUCCAGAACCACAGGCCUGGGGAGGCAGCCCCAGCACAACCUUUCCUCUGCUGCCUCUGUGGCAUGAUCUUCCCUGGGCGUGCUGGCUACAGGCUUCACCAGCGCCAGGUGCAUGACUCCUCUGGCAUGACUGAGGGCUCGGAUGAGGAGGGGGAAGAUGAAGGAUCAGCAGUGGCAGCUUCCACUCAUAAUACCCCACUGCAGCUCUCAGAAGCAGAGCUGUUGAAUCAGCUGCAGCGGGAGGUGGAGGCGCUGGAUGGAGCUGGCUAUGGGCACAUCUGUGGCUGCUGUGGUCAGACCUAUGAUGACCUGGGGAGUCUGGAGCGUCACCACCAAAGUCAGAGUUCUGGGAACACCACAGACAAGACUCCCAACCACUCGGAAGAGUCAGCCGAUGCCAUGGGAAUGGUUGCAGAUGGUGUCUUUGAGGGCACAGUGACCUCUCUCUCUGCGGAGGGUGGAGACACAAAGUCUGGAGAGGGAGUAGGUGCUGGGGUUAUAGAUAGCCUCUGCACGCAGGGUGGGGAAAGUUCUCUGGAGGACCAGCCCCGCCCCUUCCGCUGCAACCAAUGUGGCAAAACCUAUCGCCAUGGGGGCAGCCUAGUGAACCAUCGCAAGAUCCACCAGACUGGAGACUACAUCUGCCCUGUCUGCUCCCGCUGCUACCCCAACCUGGCUGCCUACCGCAAUCAUCUGCGAAACCACCCACGUUGCAAAGGCUCUGAGCCCCAGGUGGGGCCCAUCCCAGAGACAGGAGGCAACAGUGAGCCCCAGAACAUGACAGAGGAGGGGCUGGGGCAGGCAGAAGAGGGGAAGUUCCAAGAGGAACUUAAAGUAGAGCACCCAGAGGAGGUGGCAAAGGUGAAAGAAGAGGCAUGGGAGGAGACCACUGUGAAGAGGGAGGAGAUGGAGCUGAGGCUGGAUACUGCAGAGAAGGGCUGCCAGACUGAGGCUAGCUCUGAGCGGCCCUUCAGCUGCGAGGUGUGUGGCCGGUCAUACAAGCACGCUGGCAGCCUUAUCAAUCACCGGCAGAGCCACCAGACUGGCCACUUUGGCUGCCAGGCCUGCUCCAAAGGUUUCUCAAACCUCAUGUCUCUCAAGAACCACCGGCGCAUCCACGCAGAUCCCCGGCGUUUCCGCUGCAGUGAGUGUGGGAAGGCAUUUCGCCUACGGAAGCAGCUGGCUAACCACCAGCGGAUCCACAUCGAGCGGGACAGGGGUGAGGGCACCCGAAAACUGACUCGGGAAGAUUGGCCCUUCAGGUGUGGGCAGUGUGGGCGGAACUAUCGCCAUGUAGGCAGCCUCCUGAACCACCAGUGCAACCAUGGGACAGGCCAGUACAGCUGUCCCACGUGCCCCAAGACAUACACCAACCUCAUGGCCUUGAAGGACCACCAGAGGCUGCACUCAGAGAACCGGCGGCGGCGAGCAGGGCGAUCCCGGCGGGCAUCUGUCCGCUGUGCCCUCUGUGGCCGGGGCUUCCCUGGCCGGGGUUCUCUGGAGCGGCACCUGCGAGAGCAUGAGGAGACCAAAAGUGGUCAGGGAGGCCCUGAGGGCACAGAGGGCAGUAAGGGGAACCUGGCUGAUGACAAGGGACUAGAGGACACAUCAGGUGUUACUGAGUUAGUACCCCAGUUGGAGUAUGGAGCCAUGAGACCAGGGGAGAAGAGUCAUAGCCCCAUCAGGGCAGCAGGUUCAGAAGCCACAGAGCCAGUAUCCUUGGGUCUGGGGCAAGCGGAUGAGUGGCAAGGAGAUGGGGGACUAGUGAAUCAUGUUGGAGAUUGGGUCCCUCAGGGUCAUAUACUGAGCAAACCAGAAGACAAGUCAGGGGACAGUGUUCCUGUAAGCCCUUGCCACCUUGGCAAUAGCCAGCCCAAUGGUCCUAGUCUGAGUCAUGUGGAUAGCUGGGACAAUGGAGGCAGUAGCUCUCAGCUCCAGCCAGUGAGCCACCAUUUUUCCUGCUGCCAUUGUGGUAAGACUUGCUGCCAAUCAGAAGGCCCCUUGAACCACCACACCCAUAAGAUAGACUGCCACUAUUGCCUGCUUUGCUCCAAGGAAUUCUUGAGUUCUGUGGCCACUAAGAGUCAUGGCCACAACCACAUAGCUGCCCAGACCUUCGUUUGCCCUGACUGUGGCAAGGCCUUUCAAUCCCAACAUGAACUAAUCAGCCACCUUCCAACUCAUGCUAGGGGCCUCAGUCAGGUGCCACCCCAAGUAGAGGAGGCCAGAGGUCCUGAAGCUGGGACUGUGGAGGAUGAGGUGGAUCUCCCUCAUCAAGGGAAAGCCCAGAAGGCCCCAUCAGAUCCCCCCAGGGCCCCAGGAGAGACUACUCAAAGAACUAAUGGAGGGCAGGGAGUAAAGUCCACAGUGGCUGAAGACGAGGAGCGGCCCUUCCGCUGUGCCCAGUGUGGGCGUUCCUACCGUCAUGCUGGUAGCCUGCUGAAUCACCAGAAGGCCCACACCACUGGACUCUACCCUUGCUCCCUCUGCCCUAAACUUCUACCCAACCUGCUUUCCCUUAAGAACCAUGGCAGGACCCACACAGACCCCAAGCGCCAUCGCUGUAGCAUCUGUGGCAAGGCCUUCCGGACAGCUGCCCGGCUGGAGGGCCAUGGGCGGGUCCAUGCGCCCCAGGAGGGGCCUUUCACCUGCCCCCAUUGUCCCCGCCACUUCCGCCGCCGCAUCAGCUUUCUGCAGCACCAGCAGCAGCACCAGGAGGAAUGGACAGUGGCCAACUCUGAAGCUUCAAAGGCACCAGCGGCGGGCCCAUCAUUGCCCCCUCCACCCACCCCCACGACCCCACUCCUGGACCCUUCACCCCAGUGGCCUGCAGAUCUCAGCUUCUCCCUCUGAACUUCAAGUCUCCAAAGAUCAGAAUACAGGGCAGGAGUGCGGGUUGCGGAGAAAGGCUUGAUUUCCCAUGUUCUACUCAGGAGUAGUUUGGGCAUCUCCAUCCGUUCUCCUCUCCCCUUGCAAAGAAGACCUAGAUCUGAUUUCUUUCCCAAGCAGGGGGUGAGGUGUUCCUCAUAUCCUUGUCCUUGAAGGACCUCUUUCCCCAGCCUUUAUCACUGUGUUAUUCACUAUGACCAGUUCUGCAAGAAACCUGGUGCCAGGGUCUGCCAUGAUGUCGGGCUACCUUCACCAACCAGAUUCCGAUGCUAGGGAGAGGCAGAUUCAGGAAGAGCCAGGGGUAGGAAUGUUGCCUGUGGAAGGGGGGGUCUUUUGCUACAAUUUGUAACUUAUUUUCUAAAGUCUAUUUUGUAACAAUUUAUUUAAGU